UCUCUGCAGUAGAAGAAGAAGAAGAAGAAGCGGGAGGUUGUUGCAGAGAGUCUGGCUUCACAGUAAACUCAGUCCAGAUACCGGAUCAUCUGAGUCUAAAGUCUCCGUCUAGAUACAGGAUCACUCCAGGUCUACUGAGUAUCCCUCAGUCCGGAUACCCUGGAUCCCUCUGCUGGAGGACAUGUACCGAGGCCGGCGUCAGAGAGGAGGCUACCGGCCGCCUGAGGCCCGCGGUCCGCCGCAGAGGCCCUACCCGAGCCCGGGGUUCAGGGAACACCGGCCCCGGCCCCCCUACCACCCGGGACCUCCAGUGCACCAGGACCCGUACCGCAGGAGGAGCUACCCGUCUCCCGGGGAGCCAUGGAGCUCUGGAGCCCGGAGAGAGAGGUCGCUGUCGCCCAUCGACCACAACCUCGUCAUCACCGUCGGCAACGAACUGACUGGACCCUCUGGCUCCGCCCCCUCACGCCACCAUGACAGAGACUACGCUCCCCGGCCCGAGUACGAGCGGAGCAGGAGUCGGGGACGGAGCCGACCUGGCAGCCGGAGUCCGGACCGGAGUCGCGCCAAGAGUCGACGGGCUAAGAGCAGGGGCCGGAGUGCAAGUCGCAGUCCGGACCGGAGCCGGGCUAAGAGCAGGGGCCGGAGCGCGAGUCGCAGUCCGGAGCGCAGUCCGGAUCGGAACCGGGCUAAGUGCAGGGGCCGGAGCAGGAGUGCGGAUCGGAGUCGGGCUAAAAGUCUGGGACGGGCUAAGAGCCGGGGUCGGAGCACGAGUCGCAGUCCGGAGCGAAGCAGAGCCAAGAGCCGGGGCCGGAGCAUGAGUCGCCCCCGCAGCAGGUCCAGUCGGAGCCACGGCCGCAGUAAGAGCCGACCACGGAGCCGCAGCAGCAGCUCCAGCUCAAGCAGCAGUGGCGGGAAAUCAGGCAAAGAGUUCAGAGAGCUGGACUCGGCGCGGCGCCGCAAAGAACUGCAGGAGCUGCUUAGCCAGCCCACCAAAUCCAUCCUGAAGAGACGCCAAGACUCUGAGGACUCGCCGUCUCUCAGGACCUCGGACUCCCCCCGCGGGUCCCACAUGUCUCAGGUGGCUGAACAGCUGCUUCAGGCGGUUAAAGGCAUGGAGCCUCACCUGGUGGCGUCGGUGCUGUCGGAGUUGCGGUCCGACCCCCAGAUGGCACAGCGCAUUGGACUCGACGCCGAGAUCAAAGAGAUCCUCCACAUGCUUGGGGGGCCGGCCGGGGCCCAGGAGAGAACGGAGGACAUUGACGAUGAGGAGAAGUUCCUGUACGGAGACUCUGAAGACCCCAAACUCCCCUCUGAGGUGGUCUGUCCCCAGAGUCUGGACCUGUACGGAGAUGUGACGGAGGACGCGCUGUACGAGGACUAUCCCCCCUCGCAGAAACCCGUCCUUGCUCAGACGUUCAGCCUCCCACUGGGGCCUCACCUACAUGCCCCCGCCGCCAUUGGGCAGGUGGAUGCGAGGUACCGGCCCUCUGCCACCUCGGACCAGAACCUGACAGGGCCGGAGCCACCAGGGCCGGGGGAGCGUCAGGCGCUGGACGAGUACGAGAAGAUUCAGGACCUGCUGAAGACCAUCGGUAUGGACCUGGGCGUGACCGAGAUCAGCAAGAUGGCCGCCAGGACCAAAGAGCGUCUCCACGGAAACAAGCCGCCCCCUAAGACACCCACCCGCAGACAGAGGUCGUCCUCCGGCAGCUCGGAGAGGGGCCGGGGUCACGGGAGGCGUAGCCAGAGCAGGAGGCGGAGCCAGAGCAGGAGGCGGAGCCACAGCGGCAGCUCCAGCAGCAGCAGCGGGGGGCGGGGUGGCAGCUGGAGCAGCGAUGAUGGCCGCAGGAAGCGAUCGUUUCCUGUCAAAUCCCACAAACACAGCAAAGAGUCGAGUGCCGAGAAGACCGCCGUUGCACCGCCAAACAAAGAACCGCCAGCAAAAACCCCCGAAGCACCUGUCCCCCCCACUCAUCCCGGGACCCCCAUUCCCUCCUACCCGUCCUCACAGGUCCACGGCAUCAUGCCCCCCAACUUCCCCCCCCCAGGGUUCGGACAGUAUGGGAAUUACCUGCCCUACAUGCCCGGGCAGUGGCCCCCCAUGUACCCACCUCCCAACAUGGCGAUGCCCCCGAGCACCGGCCCCGACGAGUUGCCCCCCACCCUGCCGUACCAGAACCCCUACAGCACCCUCCCGGUGCUGGGGGCCAAAGGUGUGGUGAAGCUGAGCAGUCAAGAGAGGAAAGUUUCUGAGGAGCAGAACAACGAGAGCCAGAAACAGAAGGUUCUGGAGGAAAGGGAGAAACUGAAGCAAGAGAGGGAAGUGCGCAUGAAGAAGAAGGAGUAUCUGAUGAAGGAGCUGGAGAGGCUCAGGAAACAGCAAGGCGAGUUGCUGAGGAAGAAGCGUCGGGAGAAGGGGGGGCAUCGGGACCCUCUGCUGCAGGAAGUGAGCCGGCUGCAGGAGGAAGUGAUGUCUCAGAUCUCCAGCCUGAGGCGCGAGCACGAGGCAGCUGAGAAGAAACGCAACGAGAUCGAAAAGAUCGCCCUGAUCCUCGGCCUGAUUCCGACCGACCGCCCCCGCCGACUCCCCCGCCCCGCCGACGAGCCGCCGCCGACACCAGAGAAGAGGGCCCACGAGGGGGGGGGCAGCCCCAAGCCCGCCUGCAGCUCCUUGAAAGUACACACACCUGCACAGCAGCCCGCGGUGGUGGCGCCGUGCAGUGCGGACCCCGACCUGCCGCCCGCCGAAGCCCCCGAGCCAUUUGAAUACUAUGACGCUGGAAACCACUGGUGCAAAAACUGUAACGUCACCUCGGGAUCUAUGUUCGAUUUUUUCACGCACCUGCACAGCAAGACGCACCGGAAGACUCUGGACCCGUACGACCGGCCCUGGUCCUGUACCACCAACAGCAGCAAGAGCCUCCUUUCAGAGGAGAAGCUCACCAAGCCCGCCAAAGGCUCAGAGUUCCUCCUGCCCGUCAGAGGCUUCUUCUGUCUGCUCUGCAAAACCUUCUACGGAGACGCCAUUUGUGCCGAGGAGCACGUCACCAAGCACGCCCACAACGAGAAGUACAAGAAACAGAUGUACGAGAACCCGCUGUACGAGCAGAGGAGGAACCUGGACCGCCAAGCCGGCCUGACCUCCGACACCGGUGGCAAGAAACGUAAACAUGAGGACGAGGCCAGCAAGGACAAGGAGGAAAAGUCCAAACACAAGAAGGAGAAGAAAGACAAGGAGAAGAAGAAAGAGGAGGUACUGACGGAGGAGAAGGUUAAGAAGGAGAUGGCGGAGAAGCCGGGUUGGAAAGAAGAGGAUUUAAAAACUGCUAAAGGCCUGGAGGAGGAAGUGAGGCCAACUUACAGCAAGAAAGACGAGGAAGAGGAGCAGUUCAAAAGCAGCAAGAAGGAGGACAAGUACCGGCACAGCAGGAGGGAGGAGGAGGAACGGUACAAAUACAGAGAAGAAGAGGACCGCUACCAAUACAGCAGAGAAGAACAACACCAGCAUCGCUAUGGCAACCGUCCAAAGUACGGACCAAGAGACGAGGAGUUCAAACACGGGAAAUACUCAGAGUCCAGAUUCAGGUCUGAGCGUGAGGAAGGGAAACCCCAGGAACCCUUCAAAAAGCUUCAGCCAGAGAAACCAGUAGCUAAACCAAUAGAACCCCCGCCAAAGCCCUACGAUCUGCCCAAGAUCCUCUGUGGACCCAGUCCCGCCAUGAGGGCAAAGCUCCGAAAGCAGAGCCUGGAUGCUGGAAAACCAGCACCCGGGACCGCCUCCUCGACCCCACCAUCAUUUGGGAAGUUCACCUGGAAGAAGAGGGAGAACUUCCUGGCGAAGGAGGCGGAGAAAGUGGCCGCCGAAUUCAUCAAGGAGGACGAGGCGGCGGCGAACCAGGACCCAGCUUCAAUCCAGGACUCCUUUGCCAAAUCAAUGGCGGUUGCUAAAGAGAUCGCGCAGAAACUGGGGGGCCACCAAACGCCUCCAUGGGUCUCCAACGGGGCCAACCGGGGCCGGAUCAGACCCAACCUCCCUGCACCAGCCGUCGUCCUGAGGAAAACCGCUUUGAUGGGUAAACCAGCGCCCCUGAACACUUUCCUCUCCAUGAGACCACAAGGAUCCAGUUUGCCAUUUCAACAGGAAGUGCCAUCCAUCUCAGAUGGUCUGCUGAAGGUCCUGAAUGCUCAGAAACAUACGCAGGAGAGUAAACCUCCACCUCCAAGUCCUGCACCUGGGACAUCCAAGGCUAUGCCCCCGCCGCCGGUGACAAGACCUGCACCGUUUGAGGCUAAACCCCCAGCACCAGUGUUUGUACCUGCACUCCCUCCGCCAGUCUUAAAACCUGAUCCGUUUGAAACUAAACCCCCACCAUCAGUGUAUGGACCUGCACCCCCUCCGCAGGUCAUAAAACCUGCCCCGUUUGAGGCCAAACCCCGGCCGGCAGUGUUUGGUCCUGCACCUUUUGAGGCUAAACCCCCUCCACCAGUCUUCAAACCUGCACCGUUUGAUGCUAAACCUGCACCUCCAGUUUGUAACCCCGCCCCGUCAGUUUCCAGACCUGCACCCGCUGAAAUUCCCCCUUUGCCCAAACCGGCUCCACCCACCAUGAUGAGGAUUGUGUCCGACGUGGCGGCCCCAGGGGUCCCGGAGGGGGAGCAGACCCGGACGGUGUUCGUGAAGCCUCCCCCCUUCAUGAACCUGGGGGACGGGGCUCAGAGGUCUGAGAAGCUGAAGACUCACCUCGCUGCAGCCAAAGCCCAGGACCUGUUCCACCUCUUCUACAGCAAGGGGGACCAAACCGGGGCUGCAAACAUCACCAAACCACCAGCAGACCCCAGAACGGACGGGACAAGCACUAACAAAACUCACCUUACACCCAUACAGGCAGCCAAACUCCCACCUGAGCCUUUGAUCCAGACCACGCCUCCCCCCGAGGUUUCUAAACAUGCACCACUAAACCUAGUUCCCCAGACACAGCCUCAGUCAGACAUUCAGAUUGCAUCCGUCUGGUCCCUGCAGUCCCCCCCCACCCAAACUCCUGAGGAAACCCCACCGAAGCUGAGUCCACCUCCUAAGUUUCAGAGUGAGGUGCAGGACCACCUCACCAACCCAACCUCUGAGCCCAAUGUCUUCCCACAAACCAAACCUGCCGAGCUGAAACCGACACCCCAAGCCCAGUCUCCCCCCAAACCGGCUCCUGAAAUCCAAAAAGAGCCCCAACUCAGCCAGGACCCCCAGCUUCAUCUGGAACCCCAACCAGACCAUGACCUUCAGCUCCAUCUAAAGCCCCUACCAGACUCGACUCCAGAACCUGCACCCAAACCGUGCCCAAAAUCCCGUGGCAAGAGAACCCCUCCUGCCCCCCGCCCUGUCCGACAAACCAGAUCCCAGACGCGAUACCAGACCCAGCAGCAGCAGCAGCAGUCCGACCCAGCUUCGGGAGAAUCUGACUCUGCAGCUUCGGACACAAAGAGGCUGGACACCUCAGAAGAAGGUCCUGACCCCGGCCCGCAGGUGGAAAAGGGGCCCGGCGAGGACCUCCCCACGAUGGAGAUCACCCCCGAAACGCUGGGCCUCCCCUCAGACCUGACCUCCUUGGAUUUUGACUACGACUUUAACUUUGAGUAGGAGGUCUGCAUAUCGGACUGCACCUGAAGGCAGCUGAAGGACUCUACUGGAACCUCCUAUGGUCUCCUGAUUCUCGAGGUUCGUUGUGCAGCCCAGAGGACCAUGAAGACACAGUGAUGCAUUGUGGGUAAAUAACAGAAAUAUGUUCAAAAGUUUUACAUCAAAAGAACCGGAAUAUUUUAUUAUCAGUUUUUUCUGACUGUUCGUUUUCAGAGAAUAUCUGACCCUCCAAACAUUUCCUGUCUGAGGUGCACCCACCUGUUCUGUUUUAUACCCAGCGUUACGUUCCUCUCCAGAGUAAAUGAUAAAGUUUGGACCAAAAGACCUCCAUGUUCUCGACCCGGUUUACAGCUCCUGUUGUCGGAGGGAAGUCUGUUAGUAAAUGCUUCAUGUAGAGUUUUAAUAAAAGUUAGUGACCAACAA